AUGCAGCCGCGGGCCGUUCGGCUGGUGCAGCUGAGCCGGGUGCGGUACGCCGAGCUGCUGGCGCUGCAGGAGCGCUGGCUGCGGCGGCUGCAGGCCGAGCCAGGCACUGAGGCGCUGUCGGGGACUGAGGCGGGCGCGCUCCUGCUCUGCGAGCCUGCGGGGCCCGUGUACACAGCCGGGCUGCGCGGCGGCCUGACGCCCGAAGAGGCGGCGCGGCUGCGGGCCUUGGGCGCCGAGGUGCGCGCCACAGGCCGCGGCGGCCUGGCCACCUUCCACGGCCCAGGCCAACUGCUUUGCCACCCGGUGCUCGACCUGCGACGCCUCGGCCUGCGCUUGCGCACCCACGUGGCGGCGCUGGAGGCGUGCGCUGUGCGCCUGUGCGAGCUCCGGGGCCUGUCGGACGCCCGCGCGCGGCCCCCGCCCUAUACCGGUGUGUGGCUCGGCGAGCGCAAGAUUUGCGCGAUCGGAGUCCGCUGUGGAAGGCACAUCACGUCCCACGGCCUGGCUCUGAACUGUUCGACGGACCUCACGUGGUUUGAGCACAUUGUGCCCUGCGGGCUGGUUGGCACCGGCGUCACUUCCCUGAGUGAGGAGCUCCAGAGGCACGUCACUGUGGAUGAAGUAAUACCACUUUUCCUUGAGGCCUUUAAGGAGACUUACAAGUGCUCGUUGAUCUCAGAGGAUAGCCCCAACUGAAGGACGUUCAUGUUACCACAGCUGGGAGGUCCUGCCUUGGAAAGCACCGAGCCUUACUUGGAGUCGCUGAAACCCAGAUUCUAGACUUGGUCCCAUCAUUCACUCACCAUGCGACUGAGCAAAGCAUGAGCUCUGAGCCAUUGUUUCCAUUUGUAUCCUGGUUUAUUUAUAUCUUUUCCACCUCAAAUAUAGUAGAUGUGAAAACAUUAUGAAAAGCAACACAUUAUAUGAAUAAAUAUAAGACA